AUGUCUUUUACCGAAGAGAACAUCCUCUCCGUCGCCACUAUCGCCUUUUACUCGCCUACCGUGCCGCUGAGCGUGUACCUGUGCCUGCGCCAUGGCUUCAGCCCAAAUACGGGCUUCCUGUUCUUGAUCUUCUUCUCCCUGAUCCGCAUCGUCGGCGGGGCAUUGGACCUGGCCACCAUCCACUCCCCGACGGAGCAGAAAGCCGGCGUGCUGCACACCGUCGCGCUGGUCCUGUCUUUCACGGGCCUCUCGCCGCUGUUGCUCUCGACCCUCGGCCUGCUCUACCGCGUCCGCUUCGGCAUGGUCAAGAUCUAUCCAACGACGCUCAAGCCAGUGCACCUGGUCCUUGUCCGCGUGCCCGUCGUGGCCGCGCUGGUGCUCUGCGACGAAGGCGCUAUCGACGUCGGCCUAAAAUUCGCCGCCACCGGCCACCUUGAGAUUCCCCUGACCUCGCGCGUCGGCGUUGUCAUAUUCCUCGCCGUGUCCCUCAUCGCGGCCUUCGUGGCGCUAUCCAUGCUCAGAAUACGCUCGCGCUUCGGGCCGGAUGACCGCUACGUGCUGUACGCCAUCACGGCCUCGCUGCCGCUCAUCUGGGUCCGCCUGAUCUACGGCUUCCUGGGGGCGUACAUCUCGGAUCCGGAGUUUGGCUUCUUGGGGGGGAACAUGCUGCUGAUGGGCUGCAUGUCGAUCUUGCCCGAGAUGUUAGUGGUUAUCAUCUACAGCGCCCUCGGAAUCCUGCUGCCGCGUCGCGCGCCGGAACCUCCCGUGGAGAAACCGAAGAAGCAGCCGAAGAAGAAGACCAAGACCGUGUGGAGGAAGCCAUGGAAGGUGGUGGAUGCCGAGGACUCGCCAAAGAUAUCCGUGGUCGAGGUCGAGGAAGAGACGGACGACACGGUGGGGGAUAUGGACAGGGCGAGCAUCAUGGGCCGGCUCGGAGACGACAAGUACGAGAUUGGCAAGGAGAUGUUUGUGGUGCCCGGCUCGAAGGGCACGCCUGGACGCGGCCAAUAUCUGGGCUCGAUGCUGGUAAAUCGAUAUCUCCCUCCGCUGUCGGGAUUGGAUUCCGGCGUCGAAUUUGCGUUUGAGAAAGUAUAA